AGGAGGAGGAGGAGGAGGUGGAGAGAGAGACGAGCAGCGACUUCCUGUCACAGCCGUACCCCGCUGCCAGGCUGCCUCUUCGGGAGGCUUGUGGUGCUGCACACCGGGGAGGAAGGAAGGAGCAGCUUCUGCGGGUGCUGUGCGGCUCUGAGAGGGCUCCAGGACCCAGAACCGGAACCGGAGGAGCGUGAAACAUCAGCAGCGACAGCAGCAGCAGGAACCCAUCAUACAUGCGGGCGGGCUGCUGUCUCCACCGGCGGCUCCAGCUCCUGCUUCCCCGCCUCCCCGCGACUCCGAGCGGCCGCUUCAGCUCGGCAGCGUCGCCGCUCACAGCGUCAGUGGAGCGGGGUUCAUGUCCCAGGUGCUCGGCUUGGCCUUAAUCACAACCGCCCGCCUGUGUGUUUGCUAGGAGGCUAACACAGAUUGAUCAGAGCAGGGAAGUCGAAGGCUUGGGCGGAGAGAGGCGCAGGAGGAGGCCGGCUCGCGGCGCAGCAUCGCCCCGUGUAUGGUGCUGCUCUGACGGAGGGAGCGGAGGAGCAGCAGCCGGAGCUGCUGACCCAGAGAUGGCUGUCCUCAAACUGGCCGAGCAGCCUCCUCUCAUCCAGGCGAUCUUCAGUGGAGAUCCUGAGGAAAUCCGUAUGCUCAUAUACAAAUCUGAAGACAUCAAUGCUCUGGAUGCAGAGAAGAGGACGCCGCUGCAUGCGGCAGCUUUCCUGGGCGACGCUGAGAUCACCGAGCUCCUCAUCCUCUCUGGAGCGAGGGUUAACGCCAAAGAUAAUAUGUGGCUCACGCCUCUGCACCGCGCCGUGGCAUCUCGGAGUGAAGACGCAGUGCGAGUGUUGAUCCGUCACUCGGCAGACGUCAACGCUCGGGACAAGAACUGGCAGACGCCGCUUCACGUCGCCGCCGCCAACAACGCGCUGCGCUGCGCCGAGGUCAUCAUCCCGCUGCUAAGCAGCGUCAACGUGUCGGACCGCGGCGGACGCACGGCUCUGCACCACGCUGCCCUCAAUGGCCACACCGAGAUGGUGAACCUGCUCCUCAACAAAGGAGCAAACAUCAACGCGUUUGACAAGAAGGACGGACGAGCUCUGCACUGGGCUGCGUUCAUGGGUCACCUGGAUGUGGUUUGUCUGCUGGUGAGUCAGGGGGCGGAGAUCAGCUGCAAAGACAAACGGGGAUACACACCCCUCCACACGGCGGCCUCUAGUGGACAGAUAGCCGUGGUCAAACAUCUGCUCAACCUGGCUGUGGAGAUCGAUGAGUCGAACGCCUUUGGGAACACGGCGCUCCACGUGGCGUGUUUUAACGGCCAGGACGCCAUCGUCAGCGAGCUGAUCGAUUACGGCGCCAACGUCAGUCAGCCCAACAACAAGGGCUUCACGCCGCUGCACUUUGCCGCCGCCUCCACGCACGGAGCGCUGUGUCUGGAGUUCCUGGUCAACAACGGCGCGGACGUUAACGUGCAGAGUCGGGACGGGAAGAGUCCUCUCCACAUGACGGCGGUUCACGGACGCUUCACACGUUCGCAGACGCUCAUACAGAACGGCGGGGAGAUCGACUGCAUGGACAAAGACGGAAACACGCCUCUUCACAUCGCCGCUCGCUACGGUCACGAGCUCCUCAUCAACACGCUCAUCACCAGUGGAGCAGACUGCACACGACGCGGCGUUCACGGCAUGUUCCCUCUUCACCUCGCUGCUCUCAACGCUCACUCCGACUGCUGCCGGAAACUACUGUCCUCAGGCUUCCAGAUCGACACUCCGGACAGUCUGGGCAGAACGUGUCUGCACGCCGCCGCCGCCGGAGGGAACGUGGAGUGUGUGAAGCUGCUGCUGAGCAGUGGAGGAGAUCACAACAGGAGAGACACCUGCGGCAGGACGGCUCUUCACUACGCUGCAGCCAGUCGUCACUUCCAGUGUCUGGAGACUUUAGUCGCCUGUGGCACCGCCAUCAACGCCACUGACCAGUGGGGGCGCUGUGCUCUGCACUACGCUGCUGCCUCGGACCUGGACAGGAGACGUCGUGUUGCUCUGGAGCCAGAGAGUGAAGGAGUUCAGGCGGAGAGAGAGAAGGAGGCGGGGCUGUGUUUGGAGUUCCUGCUGCAGAGCGGAGCCACGUCCUCGCUCAAAGACAAACAGGGUUACAGUCCCGUCCACUACGCCGCCGCGUACGGACACAGACACUGUCUGGAACUGCUGCUGGACAGAGACAACAGUUGCCAUGACGACCCCGAAUCCCCGAACGCCAGGAGUCCGCUGCACCUCGCCGCGUAUCACGGCCACGCCCAGGCUCUGGAGGUCCUGCUGCAGGGACAGAGGGACGUGGACCAGGGGGACGAAGUGGGCCGGACUCCCCUGGCUCUGGCCGCGCUGCGCGGCCACGCCGACUGCGUCCACACCCUCCUCAGCCAGGGGGCGUCGCCGCGCAGCACCGACACGCAGCAUGGACGCAGCCCCGCCCACCUGGCAGUGAUGAACGGUCACACGACGUGUGUGCGCCUCCUGCUGGACGAGUCGGACAGCGCAGACCUCGUAGACGCAGCUGACUCUCAGGGACAGACGCCUCUGAUGUUGGCGGUGGCGGGCGGACACGUGGACGCCGUGUCGCUGCUGCUGGAGCGAGACGCCAACGUCAACAUGGCCGACAACCACGGCCUCACUGCGCUGCACCUCGGCCUGCUGUGCGGUCAGGAGGAGUGCAUCCAGUGUCUGCUGGAGCAGGAAGCGUCCAUCCUGCUCGGAGACUCGUGGGGUCGCACCGCCAUCCACCUGGCCGCGUCCCGGGGACACGCCUCCUGGCUGAGCGAGCUGCUGAGCAUCGUCUGCUCGGAGCCGCCGUCGCCGCCGCCGCUGAGAGACAACAGCGGAUACACGCCGCUGCACUGGGCCUGUUACUACGGUCAGGAGGGCUGUGUGGAGGUCCUGCUGGAGCAGAAAGGUUGUCGCUGUAUUGAUGGAAACCCCUUCACACCUCUGCACUGCGCUGUAGUCAACGAUCACGAGACGUGUGCAUCUCUGCUGCUGGAGGCCAUGGGCUCAGACAUCGCAGGCUGUAAGGACGCCAAGGACAGGACGCCGCUUCAUGCCGCAGCCUUCGCGGGACAUGUUGACUGCGUCCAGCUGCUCCUGUCGCACGACACGGCCGUGGAUGACGUGGACCAAUCGGGUCGCACGGCGCUGAUGAUGGCGGCCGAGAAGGGCAGAGUCGGAGUUCUCGAGGUGCUGUUGACCAGCGCCAACCUCACGAUGACGGACAAAGACGGAAACACAGCUCUGCAUCUAUCAUGUAGUAACGGAAAAGAAGACUGUGUGUUGUUGAUUCUGGAGAAAAUGUCCGACACGACGCUCAUCAACGCCACAAAUGCAGCUCUGCAGACACCUUUGCACCUGGCGGCGCGCUGCGGCCUGAAGAGGGCAGUGCAGGAGCUUCUGUCUCGAGGAGCUAACGUUCAGACGGUGGACGAGAACGGUCUGACUCCUGCUCUGGCUUGCGCUCCGAGCAGAGAGGUGGCCGACUGUCUGGCUCUCAUUCUGGCUACCAUGAUGCCUUUCUGCUCCCCUUGCAGCUCCGGGGCCCCGUCCCCAGGCUCCCUGCUGAGGCAGCUGCACAACCCGGGGGCCAAAGUGCCCCCCCCCGCCAUCCGCCGGGGCCCACGCAGCCCCAGGAACCCGUCCAGACCCUCGAGCGAGGGAACGACAGAGAACGACUCGGAGGACUCGGAGACUUUCUGACACUCUCUCUCCUCUGACCUCUGACCUCCAACUGAACCUUUGUUCUUUUUUUUUAUUUCCCACCAUGACUCAGCGGUUUUAUGUCUGCAGUUACGGAGCGACACCUUCAAUAUUUAACAGAAUAUACGCGAAUAAUCCCACGAAUAAACCGAUAAAUAUAAAAUAAUUUAAAUGGACGACUAAUCUUUGCAGAUUAUCACAUUUUUGUCUCGCGUAUCUUAAUUGACGAACGACUGUGUGAAAUUGAAGCUGCGGUGCGCCACCUGCUGGUGAAAACACUGUAAAAUAACCUAUUUCCGCCCACAUUGGCCCACACUUUGUCGCAUUUAUUCGUCUCUUUUAGGCUAAUUAACCUUUUUGUUUGCGUUUCUUUGCAGCGUAGAAAUUGUUACCAAUGCUGGUUUCUGCUGACUGGAUGUACGUACAUGCAGCUAAUUUAGUAGAACAGCCAAUAGGAGGCGCCCUCACUCUAUUAGCUGCUCUAUGAUUGGUUAAAUUCUCCUGUCACAGGGAAAAAUGGGAGGUGCAAAAGUCACAUGAGUUGUGUUACGAUAAAAAGCACAUUUUUGAAUUAUUGAUCAAUUAGGCAAAAAAAGUUGAUCUAAAUUAAAACACAGUUUUCCCUUAAAUGUUAAGACAUUUGGAGCUAAUGUUACAUUUUGGUCACAAUAUUUACAAAAUUCAUUUCAACGUCCUAGUCUACAAUUAAAUAAUUCUGAAUAUCUCUGUUUAAAUGACAGAUUAUUCCGAUGAAAUCAAACUUUUUUCUUUUUACGUAACAAGUUACAAUACUUGAUAGUAAGUAAAAUACUUAAUUUUAGUUAAACUAUCAGUAUUUUAUAUGCUGUUUUGAAAUGGAAAAUUUAUUUUUUAAUAAACUGUUUUACAGUUAUAAUUACAUAAGUUUUUGUAUUUUCUUAUGGACUCAACUUUUUGAUUGAUUGGUUUUGUAAAAUAUUGAAAAAUAAAACAAUCGUUUGGAUUUAAUAUUUAAAUAUGUGCGGGAAAUAAAUAAUAAAUAACAAAAAUGUGUAAAUGUAGGAUUUAAAGAUAUUCAUGUGAUCAUUGACGUUUCCUGUGUUGAAUAUUGAAGGUUUGUCCAGAUUCGUCCUCCAAUCACUGCCACGUUUUUCAUCUUAGUUUCGUUUUCAUGGAAGAAAAACAAACGAACGUCGGAGCCGCUGCACGACCUCACACUGACUCUGAACGACUCUGAUCCCAGACCCGUUGUGGUUUCUUCACGUCAGCAUGUUUUAAAUCCACUCACAGGUGCUAAAACCCAAACCGACCUCGGUACUCUGUCUCUGAGAGACACGCGUGUUAGUCUUAAAAAAAUAUGAAAGAAUAAAAGAAGAAGCCAUUUUUUAAGUGUUUAUAAAAGUGAAGUAGAACGUUAGAAAAACUCUGUGUCAUUUUAGCCUUUUCCUGAUUUUUGGCGUCUUUGUUUUUGCACCAAAUACAAAUAUUUGACUUAGUUUUAUUUUCGUUUACCGUCAACACCUGAAGCACAAGUUUGUCGGAACGUGUUCACAGUUCUUACGCAAUUUUUAUGUCGACGAUGUUCAGUCUUUCACUCGUUCACUCUGGCCUCGUCUUCCCUGAAUCAUGCUCAACUUUUUUUUUUUUUUUAACAUUGUGUGACUUUUCCGCACGUCUGUCGGGAGGUUUUGCGCGUACAUUCUCGUUCCUCAGAGGACGAACUCUUCUGAUUUAACGCGUUAAAGUCGAGAGAUUGUCACUCGUUUGUUCACAACUUCAGUCAAGAUUGAAAAUAUCAAAACGACAAUUAAAAAAACAUUGUCAUGACAUUUUGGUGGGAAAUCAGGUUCCUCAGAGGGUGGACCCUUCUGUGGUGAUCUUUGGACUCAACCGCACGUCUCUAUCGGUUGUUCAACUUUGAAUCAGACCGAAAAGGUUUUUUAUGACAAUCACGAAGGAUUGUCACAGGGUUCAUACAUUCACAUUCCCCAGAGGAUAAACCCUUUUGACUUUUGCGAUCCUUAAACCUUUUCAAUUGUUUGUAGGUCAGUUCCUGUCUUCGGUCCAGAUUGAAAGUAGCAAAAAAAACGCCUAUUGCUAAUUAUCGUCAUGACGUGUAGGUCGUAUAAUCGUGUUCCUUGAUGCAAUUUAAACGUACAAAUUGCGUCCGCGACGAUGUGCGAUGAACGAUAACUCAACGGAACUGAGAUGCUCUCACUCGUGAACGUGACUGAAACAUGACAGAUUUUUUGUAAGCAUUUUUAAUCCCGUGGGCCUAAAAUGGCCGCCCGCGCACUCUUCGGACUCUUCUUCGUUUUGUUGACCCGAUCACGGCGCUCGUGUUUGUACGCACUUCGUAGACCAGGGUAACCUUCACCACCACGGUAAUAAUUAUGAUUAUGAUGAUAUUUAUUCUCUGAAACGCGAUACACGAUGGUACUGAUGAUAUAACUGCCAGCACUUACACUUGACCACGCCCCCUGCCCCUCCCCCUCCCCCUCCCUCGUUUACCUGACAGCUACGUGCCAUCGUCUCAAACGUGUCCAGUGCCUUGAUGUCCAUCACUUUUUUUUUUUAUUGGUCUUUCCUCAUGUUUCCCUGUUGUUGUUGUUGUUGUUAAAUCCCAAUGAUUAUUUUUUUUUAAUUCUGAAGCUCAGUGGUGCAGAUUUGUCCAGAUUAUCACAUUUUUACUGGAAACAAAAAAUCUAGAAAAUUCUCAGUUAUUACUAAAAUGGACGUCAGGGUAUUUUUGGACACUAAUUUUAAAAAUGCUGUUUCCAAAUUAAAAAAAUAAUAAUAAUUUUACAGCAAAAAACAGAAAAUAAUUGUUUUUGGAAUCAACUGGGCUUAAUGUGAAUUUUCCACUUAUUUUCAGUUUUUCUGGACAUUCAUUUUUUUGACGACAGUCAAAAAAAAAUGUGGAAAGUGUGGAAAUAAAGUUUGGUUAAUUUUCAGUAAACUUUUUUAAAAUUUUGGAUUUUUUUUUCCAACUUCUUAAAUGUGAAUUUUUUUAAAAUAACAUUUGACAGUUUGUUUGAAAGUUUACAGUAAAAACCUGAACAUCUGGACAAAUAAAAACUGUCUCACCACCACGAAAUACUUCAGAUGAAUUAAUAAUUUUGAGUGUUUAUGAUAGAGAUUUUUUUUUUUUACCUACAUUGACGAUUUUUCAGAAUUUGUCUCAUUGCUUAAACAAAUCUUUAUGAAAAAGACCAAAAAGUAACUUUUCCCAAAAUGUUUUUUAGAUGUUUUCUUAUAACAAUCUUUAAUUUAAAACCCCCCCGCAGAUUAGGAUUAAUUGAAGGAAAAUCUUUGCAUAAUUUAAGAUACUGUCACUUACAAAAAAUUAAAAUCAGGACAUUUACUGAAUUUAAAGUAAGAAAAUAAAAAAAAUAGCUAACUUUAUAUUCCACAAAAAAAUUUAAAUUAAAUUUUCUUUAAAUUUCUUUUUAAAAGAAGCAUUUUCUGGGGACUAUUUUGAGCAUUGGAUGAAAGUAAAUCAAAGUUAUAAUAAGAUACAUUUCAUCACAUGUUUAGUUUUUGGUCUUUUUACUGAGAUUUGUUAACAUAAUAAUAAUAAUAAUAAUAAUAAUAACAGGCCUUUUAUUCUCUUAAGUUUGUGUGAAAGUGUGAGUUUGAGCUUCGGUACUGAACAGUUUCUUGUUUUUUUUGUACAUAAUGUCAACGUAAAAAAAAUGAUGACAAAUUUAAUACCAACAAUGUUUUUGUUUUUUUGUAAAUGAAUGAAGUGAUCAGAGUGUAACGUGUGAUGGACGUCGGUGUGUCCGUCUCUUCUGUCCUCGCUGCUGCUGCUGCUGAGACUGAAUCUGUCUGCCAGUAUUAUUUUUAGGAUCAAUAUUUUAAAUAAAUAUUCUGCCAGACGACAUGAGCGUCGCCAUCGUCACAGCAGUUCCUGAUGCAGUACGACACGUCGAGCGCCGUCUGUCGGCUUCUCUCCUUUUGUUUUUAUAGAAAUUGUACGAUAAUAAAAAAUGGGUUUGAAGUU